AUGUCAAACAUUUGCCCUCUUCAAACGAAUGCCCACUGCACCGUGGAAACAUGCCCCCUCAGCUGCGCUCAGGUGGAGUAUCUUCCCACACUCGCCGGCAAUGCUGUCUACGCCGCGGCCUUUGGCCUACUUCUGAUCGCCCAGAUCGGGCUCGGGAUCCGAUAUAAGACUUGGGGAUUCAUGGUCGGCAUGACCUGUGGUCUCGUUCUCGAGAUCGUUGGAUACGCCGGCCGGAUCAUGCUGCAUAAUAACCCAUUCGACUUUAAUAAUUUCAUCAUUUAUCUCAUCCCUCUAACCCUCGGCCCCGCCUUCCUCGCUGGCGCCCUCUACCUCUGCCUCUCCCGCAUCAUCAUCGCCCACGGCCAACAAAUCUCCCGCUUCAGUCCGCGCACGUACGCAAUCGCCUUCAUGACGAGCGACCUCAUCUCCCUCAUCCUUCAAGGCGCCGGCGGCGGUCUCGCAGCCACGGCCAAUACACGCUCUGGAGGUGACACGGGAAGGGCCAUCAUGGUCGCGGGCGUCGUGUUCCAAGUCGUCUCGCUGCUCGUCUUCAUGCUCCUGUGGCUGGAAUUCGUCUUCCGCCUGCGCAAGAUGAGCGAGGGCGACAAGGGCGCGGCGCGCUUCGCGGAGCUGAGGGCGACGAAGAAGUUUGCCUGGUUCCAGUGGGCGCUCGGCGCGGCUGUCUUGCUCGUCUUUGUUCGUUCCGUGUACCGCGUUGUGGAGCUGCAGCAGGGCUUCAAGGGCCCCGUUGCCAAUGACGAGGUGUCCUUUAUGAUUUUGGAAGGGCCCAUGAUUUUCUUGGCGGUUCUUGCUAUGACGGUGUUGCAUCCUGGUAUCGGGUUUGGUGGCCAGUGGAGCAGCGCGGCUUGGUCUGUCAAGCAUUCUAGAAAGACUGCUUUUGAGAUGAGCAGUUCAUCUAUGGAGGAGAUUCGGGGGCACAAUGUUUGA